AAAUUUUUUAGGUCCAGUGGGCUUGAUGAGUAAAAAUAAUGACACCAUGAAUGGAGCCUGAAAAUUUCACGCACAUCCCUUUCAAAGAGACAGCAUAGCAGCCUCGUUAUUGUGAAUUCUCGGCUCGUGAUCCGAUAAGAUCAUCAUAUGAAAUGAACAACGUCAGUCAGCAAGGCCCAUUGGCCCCAUACACACCUCCAUAUCAUUUCACAAUUUAAAGACCGGCAAUGUCCCAUCACUCAAUAUCAUUCUUUUUGGAGAUUUUCAGAUUACACAUCAUAUGAAAAGUGGUAAUUAAGAUCAAAAGUCGUUGAGCUUGAAGCUAGAAAGUGGCAGAUUGAUGAUUAUACUAGUACAAAGAAAAGGUUGUGGAUGGAAGAUUUUCCUGCCGGCUGGUUCGCCUGUAAGCGUUGCGUUUCUUUUUUGAAGAAGAAAACAUUAUUAAAGAUUUCAUGUCGACGUUUUUCUUGCUCUGAACGGAAAGAUUAAUGAAGAUAUGAAAACUGUUGGUUUUUCUGGGUCAGCUGAUUUUAACAUAUGAGAGAAUUUCAGUGAGGAAUAGGCUCCUGAAUCAUGGAGAAUCAUUAUGAAACACCAAGCAAUGGUGAAGGAACUGAUCCCAGCCUUCAAAUUAUCAAAUACUCUCCAUAUCAACCCUCUACCAGAUUAUCAUCAUCUUGGUUUGAUUUGAGAGUUUUUUAUGUGAGGAUCAGCAAUUUUCAGGUUGAUGAUUUAACCCCUGAAUUUCUCACUCUCAGUCAUAUCCCUUUAGGCCCUGACACUCUCCUAGAAGUUAAUGGUGCUAGAAGUACCAUUUGCUCUGAUGGCAUCUCUUCACUUCUUAGGGGAGAUAGGGUCGACAAGAAGUCGGAAGAAGUCACAUUUGUUAGCACAGAUAGUAUUCGGUUGAUGGGAAGUGUGAAAUUUGAGGUCUUUGACAAGGAGGAUGUCAUUUUAUCAGGGGUUCUUGAGAUGUCUAGUAGUAAUGGCUUCAUAGGGGAAGCAAAAAGCAAUGUCAAGUGUUGGAGCAUGGAUUGUGAAUCUGAGAUCACUGCUGGCACUGGCUUUUUGAAGGGAAAACAUGUCACAGGUCCCGAAUCACCAUUGCCUACCAUUGAGGUUUAUGUUGCUGGUUGCUACUCGGGGACACCGAUCAUCUUAACAAAGACUUUGCAGCUUUGUUUUCGGAAGAAGCAUAACAGGGAAGGCACCUUGGAUGCAAUCCCGGAGUAUGAGACAACUGAAAGUGAGAAAAAUCUAUCAACUGGACUUGCUGCACAGCCCCUUCAAACUGCUCAUAAUUCAAUGGAGGACCUUCAAUCAGCGUUUUUCUUCCGUCUUAUGAACAAAUUCUUCUUACAGAUUUCUGCUUGCAAAGCAGUUUCUAUUCGCAGCAGAAUUUAUCCAUAGGCUGCUUGACAUACAGUUUCUAUUCAGCAGCAUUUGUUCCUUGAUCAUGACUGUUCCUCUCUAUUGACAACUUUAAGAAAAUGUGCUUAGCUAGAACAUUUCUACAAUUCUUUAAAAAAAAAAGAAUUAUUACAAACAAACUUCUAUAUUUUUUAUUUUUUUCACCAUUAUCAGGCUGCCAUACCAUUCCUAUGAUGUCUUUCUUUUUACCCGUGAAACUUUGAUUUGGAUCAACAGGUAGCUGACUUUGGUAACUACAAACCAGGAAACGAUGAAGAUUACGACAACAUGUGGUGGCGACGAAUGGAAUACAUUGACAGU